AUGAGAAUACGCCGGCACGCCAAAAUUUCCCCGGCGCCGCCCCUCCACCCCUACGCCUGCCAGCUCAAUCAGUCGCCGUGGGACGCAAUGGAGUUCGCUCCGCCGUCAGCUCCUCCUCAGCCGCCUCCGCCGCCGCCUCCGCCGCCGCCCCAGGCCGGUGCAGGUGCUUUCGCCGCCGGAAAUGGGCGCUCCAAUGAACGUUUUUCUGCCGGAAAAAGCCUCCCGGAAAAUGACGCCACCACCUUGAAGGUGGAGCAGCAAAUUUUCCCAGCGGCCGAGCAAGUUGACCCGAGCAAGAUCACCAGCUGCAGCAAGACGGACGGGGAGAGCUAUGCCUAUGGCCCACCCGCCAGUAAGCCCAUGGCCCACCGCCCGGCCCGGCCCAAGAAGUCCUCCUCCUUCUCCACCAACCCCUAUGAGUUCUACUACUACUCGGGCUUCGGGCCCCGGUGGGCCAAGAAAAGAGGCACGAGUUGCGACGCUGAUGAUGAUAAUGGCGGCACCACUAACAAGAGGCAUGAAAUCGAGCGGCAGAAGGAUUAUUCGGAUUAUGACGAGCCCAACUAUGACAAGCUCGAGGAAGAAGAAGAAGAGAAAAAAGAGAGGAAAAGAGCAAGGAAGCCCAUCAAGGCUAGGUCUCUCAAGUCGCUUAUGUGA